UAUAUAAUUUACAAUAUCUCGUAAGCUGUAAAAAUGAAAAAUGAUGAUGAAUUUAUAUUUUUUGUGACAUAUUGGAUGAACGUGUCUAUGUUGCUCCUACGUAAAAAACAACAAAAAAGGUGGUUAAAUAGGCGCUGGCUUGUGAGUCCUAUAAAUCAAAAGAGGAUCCAACAGGGAGAUUAUGAUAAUUUAUUCCAAGAAAUAAAAAAUGAUUCUGAUUUUUUUUAUCGAUAUACUAGAAUGACAUUGGAACACUUUGAGAAAUUAGUAGAACUGACAAAACCAUAUUUGAUAAAAAAAAAGUCAUCGUGCUUUACUCCCAGAAUUACGACUUUUAAUAACUUUAAGAUAUCUUGCUACGGGUGACCGACCAUUUGUUAUAGCUUUGGCAUUUAGAGUUGGUGAAUCCACAGUAAGAGAAGUGGUG